AUGGCGCCGACGAACUCGCUCCGGCUAGACCGGUCCACGGCCACGGACAUCCUCUCACUAGUCCACAUUCGCUCCGUGCUCCAGCGGCUCGAAGACACGAUUCUUUUCCAGCUCAUCGAACGGGCCCAGUAUGCGCACAAUGCGAAAAUGUACGCCCCGGGCGCAUUCGCCGAGCUCAAGACGCGCGAGCAGUGGGACAAGUCAUGGGUAGAGUGGUUCCUCAAAGAGACGGAGAGUGCGCAUGCAAAGUGCCGCCGAUGGCAGGCGCCCGACGAGUACCCCUUUACCGACGAGGCCCUCCUUCCGGCGCCGAUCCUGCCCCCAAUCGAGUAUCCCGAGAUUCUCUACGAGCGAGCCGUCGUCAAUGUCAACCCGACCAUCUACAGCCACUACCGGGACGAGCUUGUGCCAGCGCUAACGAGGGCCCAUGGCGAGGGUUCCGACGAUGGACAGUAUGGCAGCGCAGCCACGCGUGAUUGCGACACUCUCUCUGCCCUGUCAAGACGAGUCCACUUUGGCAUGUUUGUCUCGGAGAGCAAGUUCCGUUCGGACCCAGCCGCCUUCGUCGGGCCCAUCCAACAGCGCGACAGGGCCGCACUCGAGGGUCUCAUCACGAAGCCCGAAGUCGAGGCAGCUCUCCUGGUCCGAUUGGCAUCCAAGGCAAAGGUCUACGGCCAGGACCUCAACAACUUGACUCCUUCAGCCGACGGCGGCACGCCCAAGAUUGACACCCAGGUCGUCGUGGGGCUCUACAAGGAGUUUGUCAUUCCGUUGACAAAGGUCGUCGAAGUCGACUACCUCUUGAAGCGGUGGGUACAAGGUCCCUUGUGCUCCUCUCUUCUUGCCCGACAUUUGCAGACUGACCAGCGACCGUCUCUACCUCCCUUCCUCACUGGUGACAGGCUCGACGGCCUCUCUUCACAAGAGAUCGAGGAGCUCCAAAAAUCAAAACAGUAG